ACAGCAGGAUGUAAAUGCACUUGACACGGCACUUCUACUCCCACUCCGCAUAGCGAGGAGGGCUGGAUGACACCCAGGCGACUCCUCAGCGGUGAGGUCAGGGAUUAAGCGGCGCUCGCUCUUAUCUGGAAGCCGUCCACACGCCCAGGAGAUGAGCCAUUAAACUCGGGCGAGUAUAAAGAGGGAGCGUCGGGUUGAGAUUUCUCAGACGCAAACAUGCGGAAAGGAGUUUAUCUCAGCAAAGGAGCGGCCGUGGCCUUGGCGUUUCUUGGCAUCGCCGCCACCGCCGCCAUCAUCUCCUUGUCUGUGGUCUACUCUCAGGAGAGGUCAAAGGGUAAAGCCAGGCCGUCACCCACAGAAAGAUCAACAACACCCAGCCCCCCAGCAGCUCAGGAGCCCUGGCAUGACCACAGACUGCCCACCUCGCUUCUCCCCGUCUUCUACAACCUCGUCCUCUGGCCUCGGUUGGAGCCCCGAGCGGACGGCCUCUUCUUCUACACCGGGAACUCCUCGGUGGUCUUGGACUGCGUCAACAACACGGAUCUCAUCCUCCUCCACUCCAACAUGCUCAACCUGACCAGCUUCGACGGGCACCUGGCUCGGCUGCGGGGUCUCGGCGGGGCGACGGCGCCCGGCCUGAGCAAGACCUGGUUGGAGGAGCCCACCCAGUACCUGGUGGUCCAACUGAGCGGCGAGCUGCAGGCCGGCAGCACGUACGAGCUCUACACCGAGUUCGCGGGAGAGCUGGCGGACGACCUCAGAGGAUUCUACAGGAGCGAGUACGAGGAGGGAGGAGAGAACAAGGUGUUGGCCACCUCUCACAUGCAGCCCACAGACGCCAGGAAGGCUUUCCCGUGCUUCGACGAGCCCGCCAUGAAGGCGGUUUUCCAAAUAACACUCAUCCACCCCCCAGAGACCGUGGCCCUGUCCAACGCCAUGAACCACGAGCCCGUCAACGUCACCGUGGACGGUCAGCCGUGGGUCCGCACCGGAUUCGAACCCACGAAGAAAAUGUCCACCUACUUGCUGGCCUUCGUGGUGUGCCAGUUUGGCUACAGAGAAUCUCAACAGGGAGCAGACCUUCUGAUCAGGAUCUGGGCCCGCGAACAGGCCCUAGAGGCGGGUAAGGGGGCCUACGCUCUGGCCAAGACCGGACCGAUCCUGGCGUACUUUGAACGCUACUACAACUCACCCUACCCUCUGGAGAAGUCUGACCAGGUCGCUGUGCCUGACAUCCUUUCCGGAGGCAUGGAGAACUGGGGCCUGAUCACCUACAGCGAGAACGCCCUCCUGUGCAACCCCAGCCUGGCCUCCAACGGCGAGCGAGAGUGGGUGGCCACCGUCAUCUCCCACGAGCUGGCCCACAUGUGGUUUGGGAACUUGGUGACCGUACGCUGGUGGAACGACUUGUGGCUCAAUGAAGGAUUCGCCACCUACGUGUCCUACCUGGGGGCCCACUAUGCAGAACCCACCUGGGACAUGAAAGACUUAAUAGUCCUGAAUGAGGUCAUUGGCGUGAUGGCGGAGGACGCCAAGGCCUCGUCCCGCCCUCUCUCCACCAAGGAGGAGGAGGUGCAGACGCCGGAGCAGAUCUGGGACCUGUUCGACGCCAUCACGUACAGCAAGGGCGCCGCCGUCCUCAGGAUGCUGUCGGACUUCAUCACAGAGGAGGUCUUCUCCAAAGGACUGCAUACAUACUUGGAGGAGUUCAAGUACAAGAACACGGUCCAUGCAGACCUCUGGAAGCACCUGCAAAUGGCGGUGGAGAAGGCCGGCUUGACUCUGCCUCAGUCCGUGGAGGCCAUCAUGAACCGCUGGAUCCUCCAGAUGGGAUUCCCUGUGGUCACCAUCGACACCCGGACCGGGACUCUCGUCCAGGGACACUUUUUGUUGGACCCCGACACGGAGGUGAAGAGACCUUCGGAGUACAAUUACGAGUGGUUUGUUCCCGUUACGUGGAUGAAAAAUGACGUGGUUGCUAACCACUACUGGCUUCUCGAUAAGAACGACACAAACCCGGCCAUGGCUGUGGGUCCUGAUGAGUGGCUGCUGGCCAACAUCAACAUGUCGGGCUUCUACAGGGUCAACUACGACGCUCAGAACUGGCGGCGCCUCCUGGCCAAGCUGGACCGGCAGCAUCAGGACAUUCCUCUCAUCAACCGGGCGCAGAUCAUGGAUGAUGCUUUCAGCCUGGCCAGAGCCAGGAUGCUGAACCUGACUCUGGCUCUCAGCACCACCAACUUCCUUCACAGAGAAGUGGAGUUCUUGCCCUGGCAGGUGGCUCUCAAACACCUGGACUACUUGCACAUCAUGUUGUGUCGCACUGACGUCUUUGGACCCAUGCAGGCUUACAUGAAGAAACUAGUCACUCCCUUGUUCAAGUACUUCCAAGAGGUGACUGCGACACAUAUCGCUAGAAAAGUGAAGGAAAAUUUCAGGACCUUCGUGGAGAAGAGUGAACGACUGAAAGAAUAUUACCUGGUGUCGGCGUUCCGCAAAAAUCCUAGCUUGGGUGAGUUGCUGAUCAGGGCCCGAGUCAGUCCCCCCGGGAAUCCGCCCUUAACCAGGAGCAACAUUCCCCUACAGCACAUCCCCUGGCUUUUGAACCGCCACAGCGGUAAAGUCUUCCGGCCGCUGUGCAGAGGACACAAACAUUCAAAAAACUGCAUCUAUGUCAUCCUCUGCCAGCGAUGUCAUGCCAUGUAUGUUGGUGAGACGGGUAACACCAUCGCCACCCGGUUUCACCAACAUAAGUACAACAUCAUCCGACAGAAGAACACUACCACCUACCUGACCAACGCGAGAUGGAGUGUGGCCCAACGGAAGCGUGCCGAACGCCUGUGGAUCACAAAGUUGGGGACCAAACAUCCGGGGGGCCUCAAUGAGGCCUACGACUCCACCUCACUCUCAGCAGCCAAUCAGCCUCAGUCUACAGCCAACCACCGAACGAGCAACAUCGCUCUCACUGCACACUAG